UAUGACGUGAAUGCCAAAGAUAAUCGUGGCAUGACUUCUCUGAUGUUAGCCGUGGUUAAGAGAGACGUUGACAUACUGAACAUGCUGAUCAGCCUUGGUGCCAAUGUGAAUGAGAAACAACACGAGAAAAGUGGCGACUCUGCGCUGAUAUUAGCCGCACGUAAGGGAGACAUAGCCAUUGUUGAAAAGCUUUUGGACAUGGGGGCCGAGUUCAAUGAUCAAAAUACUUUAGGUCGAACAGCUUUGAUGACUGCCGUAGAGCAUAACAAUACCGUUAUUGCUGAAUCGCUAAUAAACAGAGGUGCUAAAGUAAACGAAAAAGACAGUAAUGGACGAACGGCACUAAUGUCGGCUGUUUAUAUUCAUGACACAGAUAUGUGCGAAAUGUUAAUAGGAUAUAGAGCUAAUGUAAAUGACAUGGAUAACGACGGCAUCACUCCCCUUUUGCACGCUUUGAAGGCA